AUGCCAGCAAUGGUAGGGACAAGUAAUGUCACAACGGAUUUUAGUAUGGUGAUUGGAAUGCACAAAGAUGGAAAGACGAUAACUGUCUGGGUUUUUUCGUUCGAGGCGACAACCACGGACGCGCAUGCUUCUUCCGUAAAGUUGUUUCGUAAAACAACGGUUGUCUUGCCUGGAGCAAGGGUGCUGGGUAUCGCCUGUGUUCCGCUGGUCAAUACAUUUGAGAUCGCUUUUGCUAGUUUUGACGCAGAUGCGCAAUUAAGGCUGUGGACGUUUGCGGAUCUCGACGAUUUGCUUGAAGUGAAGUCUGUUCAUCGGGUUGAUGUCGGCUGCUUACUGAAUGCGUUUAGUCAGACGCAAAGUUCACACGUGGCUUUUCACGCUACUGGAGAACGGCCUCUGUUCAAGCACUUCAGCUUCAGCUCGUGUGGACGCGUGGCUAUACUGUGUGAAGGCAGCGGAGGUGAUGACCGAAUCUGUUUUCUGUCUGUAAUCGACAAGUUAUUGCAAGGUGUCGUUGAGGUUCCGUACAAAAAGUUUGGCCAAGUGGUGUCGUUGGAGUGGACUCCGCGUUUGACCCCAGAGCGGGUUUGUCAUCUCCUGUUCCUAUCAACCACGACAAUCGGUGUGCUGAAAUGUGAACCCUCAGUGCUAGCGACAGCAAACCAGUGGAGCGUCGCCUGGUCGUUCAGUCGUUUUAGCAUGAGGCCCGAGAAAGUAUCUUCGCUCACGGAUCAUCCCUACGCUCUACUCCGUAUCGGAUCCAGUUUGGCGCACUUGAACAUUCGAUACAUUAGUGGACUUGGAUCACCGUCAGUCCAAUCGCCGUCAGGCUCUCCUCGCUACGAAGCGGAUUGUUCUCAGCCGCAGACGGAAGUCUUUCCUGCGCAUCACCCGAUAACACUGAUGUACUUGCUAGCGCGAGGGUCGUUCGAGACGUUGAGAGAGGUCCUUGAGCAUGUGAAGAUGAAAGUCCUAGAGCAUGAGGAGAUGUGCUAUUUGCAAAUGACUCCUGACACGCUGCUGCGGACUCUUCCCCUGUUGUCAUUGUGCCAGCUACUUGGGAAUCCUGCGUCUGCCGAAAGCAAGUGUGACGAGCGGUCGGACACCUAUCUGAGAGGAAAAGAGAGUCGGGGCACCAGGGAUGUCAAUCAUUCCAAAGCUCCCGCUACCCUUGCUAGGGCAAGCGAUCUAUUCACAAUGAGCCGUGAAGUGCCCUACCCGUACGAAGCCAGCAGAAGUGGUGUCGAUCGUGCAGACAUGCUGUUCGGACCUCCGCUUUCUACACAUGACUCUCAGGGAGAUUGUUCGACAGGGAAUGUCAGGUCGGUACUGGAAACAGACGCGUUUUCUGUGUUUUUCAGCGAGCACAAGUGUUCAUUGACAUUCAUGACGAGCGAAGAAUCGGACAUGUUUCUUACGAUCGUUGCUGGUGUCAAGAACAUCGUGAGCUGGGAACGUGAUAGCGGCCGUCAAAAAGAUGAAGCCGCCCUUCGUUUUCGUACCGGCUUACUUUGGCAAGCACGCCCAGCGACUAGCGCUCAGUCAACUACAGACGGCAUGAAUGUGGCGAAGCGACGGGCAGUCAACGACAGUACGGCAUCAGUGUCUGGGUACCCGGUAAUCGAUGGAUUGUGCUCUGAGCAAAUAGCUUGGGCGGCACUUAGUGAUCACCAGCCAGAAUUGCUUCAGGAAUGCUUUCCUGGUGGGACAAUGGGCUGGAGAGAGAUGAGACGUCUGCGGCUACCAUUCUGGCUGAAAAGUGCAGCCAAGCUGAUCCAGUUUUUGGAGAAAGCGGCACAAGUCGAGUAUGCCACGAAUCGCAACCCGUUCGCAGUUGCUGUUUUCUACGUGCUUUUGGGAAAGACAAGACUUCUGGCAAGCUUGUUUAAGAUGGCCAAUGAGUCGCGCAUUUCUGAUCUCCUGGGUAACGACUUUUCAGACUUGCGUUGGAAGAACGCGGCAAUCAAGAAUGCGUACGUGUUGAAGGCUAAACAGCGAUACGAGCUCUCAGCAGCAUUCUUUCUUCUCGGCAGCAAAGUUACCGAAGCGGUGUCAGUCGCUAAGAAAGCGGACGCGACACUUGUAUUAUCGUUACUCAUAGCUCGAGUUUCCGAGAAAUGGGACUUCGAUCAAGACAGCUCCGGUACCGAAGACUCUUCACAGGCUUCUUGCAACGGUAUGGCUACCGCUUUUCGUGAAACAUCUGCUCAACGCGAAACGAGCUCGAUCGCGGCAACACCUGCCGAUCCAUCAGAAUCGAAAUGUGUGUCGGCUGAGUUUCUCCGCGCGACGGUAUAUGAAAAGGCACGCCAAUGUGGGGAUGUUUACAUGUGCUUCCUUGUGAAGUACUUGCUGGGAGAGACCAGUAAUGCCAUUGAUGUCCUGGUUACACGACCUGCUGUCGACAUGCGGAGUGUGUUUGGCGACUGUGACAACUCGUGUACCCCGUCUGGUAUGUAUUGGUCUGCCUUUGGGAACAGUCUUAUUGGUGCAUGUGACCUCAUCCGUUUUCUUCGAAAAACGAUGGCGCCGAUGAAGCUGGAGCUAAAAAAAGAGUCCUGA